GCGGGGUGUCCCGCAGGUGUGUCCCCGCGUCCCCUGCGCCUCCCGGCAUCGCCUGUCACCGCUGUCACGGCUCGGGGCGGGGGGGCAGGCGGCACUGCCAACCGCCGCGGCCACAACAGCAUCGCUGUGUGUCGGGACAUGGAGCCUGGAGCGAGCGUGGACCGAGAGCCGCCCGCUGCCAUGCCGGUGACAGUGACCUUGGCCGGCCCAGCCCCUUGGGGCUUCCGCAUCACCGGGGGAAGAGACUUCGGGAAACCCAUCACUGUGUCCAAGGUGACAGAGCACGGGAAGGCAGCAGCAGGUGACCUGCGUCCAGGGGACAUCAUCAUCGCCAUCAAUGGGGAGAGCACGGCCGAGAUGCUGAACGUGGAGGCACAGAACAAGAUCAAGCAGAGCCCAGGGCAGCUCCAGCUGCAGGUGGAGAGGUCCCUGAUGCCGCCUCCCAGCCACACCAACGGGGACACCUCUCCGGACAGGCUGGCCACGCGCUUCCAGGACACGGUGCGAAUGCAGGAGGAGAUCCAGGGCACCCUGAGAGCAUCCUACUCCAGCCCCACAUCCCUCAGCCCCCCAACCCGCAGCUCGCAGCCCCUGGAAGAGGAGCUCACCGGUCCCAGGCUUCACCAGGAGCGAGGAAGCCCGAUCCAUCAGAACAGCCCCCCGGGGUCAGCCCUGCCUCCACCCCCCCGCCCACCCUCGCCGGGGUUUGGGGCCCCCCCAGACCCCUGGGAGAUGUGCAGAGAGCGGCGCCGCUCAUCACCCUGUCCCAGCCCCUGCAACAGCCUGGGCUCAGAACCGGCCAUGAGGCGCUUGGAGGAGGAUUCGGAGGUUUACAAGAUGCUGCAGGAGAACCGGGAGCUGCGGGCGGCCCCGCGACAGUCCAGCACCUUCCGCCUGCUGCAGGAGGCUCUGGAGGACGAGGGCGGAGCUGGCCCCACAACCCCAUUCCCCAGCCGGCUCUCGCCCAGCGCCCGCAAGCCCGUGGCUGGUGUCCAGAAGCUGCACGUCUGCGAGAAAUGCACCAGCACCAUUGCGACGCAGGCGGUGCGGAUCCAGGACGGGCGGUACCGGCACCCAUCCUGCUACGCCUGUGCCGACUGCGGCCUCAACCUGAAGAUGCGGGGACACUUCUGGGUGGGUGACGAGCUGUACUGCGAGAAGCAUGCCCGCCUGCGCUACCAGGGGGGGCCCAGCACCCCAGCUGCGUCCCAGCACUCCUGAGCCCCAGGCACCGGCAUGGUGCAAUGGGGAGCUCGCCACCUGCAUCUCCCCUGUCCUGGGGAGCAGAACAUACUCCAUCCCCCCCUGGGAUGCCCCACCAGCCCUAUUGGUAGGGUGGGGGUCUGCGGUGGGGGGGUGAGGGCAUCCCCAGUUGACCCCCAGCUGCCCGCCUUUGCCCCAGCGUGUGUGAUGAGCUGGAUCAGUUCUCCACCUGGGCUGAAGCAGCAGAAUGUGCCCAGGGACACAGCGGGGACACUGAGCGGGGGGUCGCACAGGGACGCUUGAGCACUUAGGUACCGGAGAGGGGGCUGGCACCGCUUUGUGCACGGACUGCAAAGGGCUUCUCCGAGGUAUUAAACCAGAUCUCUAUAUAAAUAUAAUAUAUAUUUGCUCCA